AUGGGUGAUUUAAGCGAUAAAGAAUUGACACUAUGUAAGGAUGUGUUCUCGCUUUACGACACAACGGGAUCCGACAAGAUUGCGCUAAGUUCAAUGGGUGAAGCAUUACGAGCGAUGAGAACGAACCCGACAGAGGCUGAUAUUCAAAAGAUAACGAAAGACUUCAAGACGAACGAGAUAAGUUUUGACCAGUUUCUACCGGUUUACAGUUCAUUGAAACAACAUCAAGACCAACUUGGACACAAAGGAACUCCUGAAGGAAUCAUCGAAUGCUUUCGCCACUUCGAUCGUGAUUUGAAUGGUGUGGUUUCCUCAGGCGAACUCAGGAAUCUUUUGACAACGCUUGGAGAGAAACUAAGUGACGAGGAAUUCGAUAGUCUAACAUCGGGUUAUAUCAAUAACAAAGGCGAAGUUUCUUACGAAGAUUUUGUUCGUGGCGUAAUGGAAAUGUAG